UUUUUUUUCAAAUGCAGAAGUGGCAUCAGAAAUUACCGGCAUUAAUAAAGAGCUAAUUCAAAAUUUUUCAAUAAUACUGCGAUUAAUAUCGUGUGGAAUGUGUAUUAAUAUCGACGCGUUUAGAGAGCUCCUUAUAAGGACAAGAACAAUGUAUUUGACUGAAUACGAAUGGUACUACAUGCCUAGCAGCGUGCAUAAAAUAUUGAUGCAUGGGUGUGAGGUUAUUGAGUAUUUCGAUCUACCAAUUGGCAAUUUUUCAGAGGAAGCUCUGGAAGCUUUACAUAAACACAUACGUAUCGUACGAUAUGAUCAUACACGUAAAACUGCUCGGGAGCAUACAAACAGAGACUUGAUGUCAUACUUAACAAUAUCAUCAGAUCCUGAAGUAGUUUUUAAAAGGAGUGCUAUCCCAAACAAAAAUGCAGUUUAUACAAUGGACGAGCUGGAAGAGUAUUUAGUCGAUGCUGAAGAAACUUAAAAGUAAUAAGUACCCUUCAGUCAACUCAAUUAGUUUUAUACUAAUCAAAUACUAGUCAGCCACACGGCCUCAACUAGUUCGAGUUCUGUAAUUUUUCCAUAUAAGC